AUGGGGCUCAAGGACUUAGGAGGACUCUUGACCCACAAGGGGUUGUUGUCAGACAGACCCACUGGAAAAUGGCUUCAGAUAGGAGUCUGCGUGACUGGUUCAAGCGGGUUCCUGCUCCUUGGCUAUGACCAGGGCGUUAUGAGCGGAAUUAUCACAGAGCCUAUUUUCCUCCAGACCUUCCCUCAAAUGGAACCCAAGAACAAGGAAGGCGCAAUCCAGGCUUUGGUUGUGGCAAUUUACGAAAUUGGAUGUCUCAUUGGCGCAAUUGGUAUCAUCGCUUUCGGCGACAAGCUAGGGCGACGACGAUCGAUUCUCCUAGGCUCUACGAUCAUGAUCAUUGGAGCUGCGAUCCAGACCUCGUCCUUCGGCCUUGCGCAGAUCAUUGUGGGAAGAAUAGUAACGGGUGUGGGUAAUGGUAUGAACACGAGUACGAUUCCGGUAUAUCAGUCCGAGAUUGCACCGCCGAAGAUUCGAGGAUUCUUGGUGUUGUUUGAGGGCGCUUUAAUCACACUUGGCAUCGUUAUUAGCUACUGGCUUAACUAUGGGUUCUGGUUCGUUACGCAAUACGGCAGUUUCCAAUGGCGAUUCCCAAUCGCCUUCCAAGUCGUCUUCGCAGUCAUCCUCAUGAUCGGUCACGGCAAAAACGAGGAAGCUUCCGAGAUCAUGGCUCGCCUCGAGGAUCUCCCCAUCGAUUCGGCACAGAUCCAAUCCGAUAUCAAGGAGAUCCAGGAAAUCAACGCGCAGGAGUCGAGCAAACUCACGUGGCGCGAGCUCGUCACGAACAAGACGCGAGGCAUGAAUGGUUGGAGAUUCAGCGCGGGUUGUCUCUCACAGGCGUUCCAACAGAUUGGCGGAAUCAAUCUCGUGACUUACUACGCGACCACGGUCUUUGAGUCCUCCCUAGGAUUCUCACCUACACUUUCACGCUUCAUGACCGGCUGGCUCGGAACCGAAUACCUCCUCGCCGCAGUCCUGGCGCUCUUCGUCGUCGACCGCCUAGGCCGUCGGAAGCUCAUGAUGUGGGGCGCAGCCGGGAUGGCAGCCUCAACAGCGGCCACUGUUUUCAUAUUUGUCUAUGAUACUUUCUUCGCCCUCGGAUGGCUCGGAAUUACGUGGCUCUACCCAGCCGAAGUCACGCCCAUCCGCAUCCGCACAGAAGCCAAUGGUUUCAGCACCUGCUCCAAUUGGAUCUUCAACUAUGCUGUCGUCCAGCUCGCGCCGAUCAUGAUCAACAGCAUAGCGUGGAAGACUUCUGAUAUUGAGGCGCCGCCUGCUGUGACAUCCGAAGAAGGGGAGAGGAGUGAUACUGAGAUGAAGAUUGAUGAUGCAGGGACGGAGAAGAGGGAGGAUAUUUAG